UUGACGGGGACUAUUUCGUUUCAACAGCCUCCCUUGAACGAAUUGGAGAAGCGGGUAAUAGCUCUAGUGGGAAGCAGCUAUAUGGAGGGGCAACCGGAUGUCCAGGAGAAUAUUCCCAUGGAAGAGGAACUGCAAUUAACAUUGGGGGCGGCGGAUGAAAAGUUCCGCUUAGUCAUGGAGGAAGACACUAUGGUAAUUCCUCCACUAACGGUAUCGGAUGGCGAGUCGGAAAUUCGGUGCGAAACUCCGAAAACGCCGAGGCAAACACCGCGCAGAACCGCUAAGCGGAAACGUGCGGAAGAAUCGCCAACAAAGGCGAAAUUUUUAAGAAUUGCCGAGGCACAGGCCGAAUCAGAAAAGGUAAUUUUUUCAAUACUGUAUUUGUAUUGAAUUAUUAAUAAAACUUUUAUUUU